UGGCUCCGCCCCUACCGGCAUAUUUAAAUCGUUAAAGCGGACUGGCCUGGGCCUACACAGAAUCAUAAUAACAACAACAACAACAACAACAACAACAACAAUACUGGAGAGUGUUUUUCUUUUAGCAUCAGGAUUGUCACUGUUCGACUGGAAUCUAAGCUAGCUGAAAUAGUUCGCUACGGUUCCGUUAACAUGAGACUUCGGUCGAGAGUCAUUUCUCUUGAGAGCCCGUUGUCUCAGCCCAGCACCCCGCGCCGUCGGCGGCCGGAUCCGAGUCGAGCGCCGCGGAUCGAGCAGAGCCAGAGCCAGCCUCAGACCCAGAGCCAGAGCCAGCCUCAGGAUGUCCAAGUUUUAAAGGAUUGCUCGAAUUUGUACUGUGAUGCCAUCCCGACUGCAGUGAAGCGCCCACGCUUAAGACAUGGAAGGAAAAGGGUUCUACCACUGCGGGAGUGUAAAGCAGAGUCUGACUUCAAGACACCAGUGCGGCAUCUCCGGGAAAGGCAUUACUCGUCAGUCAACCCUGCUGCAGCACGUAGCCUUUACUCUCCUGUAGUGCGUUUCGUCACACCCACGAAAGACAAUGAGAGGACAAGGGGCGGUGCAGUGUUCAGCCCAGAACAGUGUGUGUUCGGAUACAGUGCCGUCAGCUCCCUGUCAGAAGACGAGGAGAACGAUGAGGUGUUCAGCCCAUUCACAUUCAUCAAGAACAUUCCAAACCAGUCGCAACAGUCCAGAGCAGUUUCUCCUCUCCGGGACAUACCACCAAAGACCAGAAGUACACCUGCAGCCACCAUGGUGCUUGAUUUGGAUGAAACCCUCGUGUUCAGCUCCCUCAAUAGAAUCGAGGAUGCAGAGUACACAUUUAACACAAUCUUUCAAGAUCAAGAGUACAAGGUCUAUGUGGUUCUCAGGCCAUAUGUGAAUGAGUUUCUGCAAGCCAUGGUGAAGCAUUUUGAGAUGUUUGUUUACACUUCUGCUAAAAAGGAAUAUGCAGAAAUGAUAGUGGACAUACUGGACCCAAGAAAAAAAAUAUUCAGACAUCGUCUGUAUCAGGAUGACUGUGCAUGCGUUCUUGGGCACUAUAUUAAGGACUUGGGUGUGCUGGAAAGAGAUCUUUCAAAAACAGUGAUUCUGGACAACGCACCCCAUACUUUCCCAUACCAUCUGAUGAACACGAUUCCCAUAAAGAGCUGGUGUGGAGACAAAGAGGACAAGGAGCUCCAGAGGCUCAUACCUUACUUGGAGAAGCUCGCCCAAGCUAAUGACUUCAGGACUGUGCUUAAGAGGAGGACAGAUCAUUUUCACAGCCUGCUCACUGAAGACUAAAAUCCUGUGCCUUUUUUUUUUUUUUUUUGUAUAUAUUUUCAUGUACAUAAUAGUAUAGUACUUUAGAUGUAAUAUAGGCUGAAUAAUUUCAAAAUGAUAGCCAUUUUUGCUAUAUAUGCUUUAAAGGAAAUACAGCUCAGCCUCAUUUGGGGUGAUUGCUUUAAUUUGAAGUGUUGUGCUUCUUAAAUUAUUGUGAACAUUUGAUUUUGCUAAUUUAUUAUUGCUGCUUUUUACAUGACACUUUAAAAUGAUAGUGUAUAUAAUUUUCACAGUUGUACACUGUUCAGAUACCUACUUUUUAAAAUGCCUGGAUUCUGCCACUUCCUUAAAUUUCUUCAAAAAAAUAAACUUUGGUCUUUAACAGC